CACUGUUUCAAGGUGAUACAAUCAGCCUGCAGAGCGGAUCUUUACCUACUCAAGUUAAAAAAAAAAGAAAAAAAUAUAUAUAUAACAGCAUUGAAUUUUACUCAUUUUUAGUAUUAAGCUCCUGUUUUUGAAGCCACUUUUUUGAGCAGCGGCAAAUCAAAAAAAGAUACCUGCUCUUGAUAAUAACAAUAAUGUCACCAUUAUCACCGAAAACUCAGACAGGCAGGCAGACCUCCACCGACCUGAGCACAGACACGAUGGACCCGAUGGCCAGCAGCAACGUGACCAACAAGACUGACCCGCGCUCCCUCAACUCCCGCGUCUUCAUCGGCAACCUCAACACCCUGCUGGUCACCAAGGCCGACGUGGAGGCCAUCUUCUCCAAGUACGGCAAGAUCGUGGGCUGCUCCGUCCACAAGGGCUACGCCUUCGUGCAGUACGCCAAUGAGAGGAACGCCCGCGCCGCCGUGGUCAGCGAGGACGGCCGCAUGAUCGUGGGGCAGGUGCUAGACAUCAACCUGGCGGGCGAGCCCAAACCUCACCGAUCGAAGACAGUGAAGCGCUCUGCAGGAGACAUGUACAGUUCAUCUGUUGAUUUGGACUAUGACUUCCAGAGAGAUUACUACGAUAGGAUGUACUCCUACCAGUCCCGCGUGCCUCCCCCUCCUCCCCCCCUGUCCCGCGCCGUCAUCCCCUCCAAGCGCCCGAGGGUCAGCGUGAGCGGAGGAGGAGGAGGCAGCCGACGAACCAAAACCAGCUUCUCCUCGUCCUCCAAGACGAGCCAGAGGACCUCCCGUAACAUGAAGGUAGACGAUCUGCAGACCAUCAAGAGAGAGCUCACGCAGAUCAAACACAAGGUGGACUACCUGCUGGAGAGCCUGGAGCGCAUGGAGAAGGACCACAGCAAGAAGUCAGAUAUGAAGGGCUGCAAACCAGAACCAGGCGAGGUGUCCCUCCACUCCUCCACCUCCAGCAAGAAAUGUGACGGGCUGAAACGGGGCAUGAACGACUCAGACGAGGACGGAGAUCUGCUGGACGACGACGACGAGAUGAAGAGCAGAGGGAGAGAGGACGACGAUGAGGAGCACGAGGAAGGAGAGGACGACGGAGAUAGCGCCAACGGAGACGAGUCCUAAACAUCGCACAGGCACGCACACACACACACACACACACACACACACACACACACACACACACACACACACACACACAUAUAACGUACACAAGUUGUGUAAGAUUGCAUCCCCACACCAGACCUGUACACAGUGUUUAUGUGCUCAUAUCUGCUGAACUGACUGGACAUUCACAGUAUAUACAGCGUUAUUGUAGAUAUUGCUUCCUCACACACGUCAUGAAGUAGUUGUUUCUGUUUUUUUUUUUUUUUCUAAUGUUCUUUCAAGUUGGUAAUUAGAUAUUUCUUACUUCUGUUUUCUGACUUAUAUUUCUGCUAUUGGAUAAAUGCUAACUUUGAUUUGUUACAUUUAGAGAAAAAUGCAAGUUCAAUGGAGGAUAAAUGUAACAUUGUAUAACAUAUUGUGUUUGAACUCAGGGCUAAUAAGCCACUCCAAUAUAAACAAAUUGGUUUUUUUUUUGUUUCUUUUAUGAAGGUGUUUAUUUUAUGUCAAAUAUUGAACAAAUUACCACCUGUUGGUAGCUAACAUUGAGACAAAAAAAGCAGAAAAAAUAUAAUAUAAUACGGUUUGAAUUUUAGGCUUGAGACAAAAUACCAGACAUGGUAAUACAGUAUAUAUAUAUAUAUUCCUGUUCCAGCUGCUGUACUGCUGCCUCCUAACCAGCAGGUGGCAGUGUAUCAUUACAACUGGCCACACAAAAGACAGCCAGCUCCUCAGUUCCCCCUCCUGCUUGUCAACAUGAGCGUGUACAAAAACCUCACGUCAGACUGCGCAAACGCUCAGACCAAAUCUCCAUUGCUCUGAAUAUAGUUUUCUUUGUUGCAACUUUAACUGACUUCUGUAAUGCAGUGGCUACUCCAUGUUUGUCACUUCCUGUUGAUUUUUUUUUUUUUUUCUUUUUUGUGUCAUUCAACUGCACUGGUGAAAGUGA